AUGUCGCUGAUUUCCGCCUUUCGACCUCGAUCUACGCGGGCUACUUCGCUCCGUCACCGACCUCCUGCUAGACAGAGACGAGCUGCCCGAAGACCGGAGCAUGAAGGCGAAGGCGACGAUGAUGCACAUUCCAUCAUUACCCCCUCAAAACAUACCCCCAAGGCGAUCCGUGUCUUGCGAGGUUCCAUCUCGGCCGGUGGUCCUUUGCGUCCUUUUCGGCUGGUGAAGCAGGACAUUGUGAAUCUGCGCCGCCGAUAUGUCUCGGAUUGGACGAUCUUCAACCAGUUGGUCUUCGCGAGUGCCGUUUAUGUCUUCUUCACGAAUCUCUUACCGGGGAUCACCUUUGCGAGCGACUUGUAUGUCUUGACAGGUAAGAGUUGGGGAACUAUCGAAGUGGUUUUUAGCACGGGUCUUUGUGGCAUCAUCUUCUCACUUUUGUCCAUCCAGCCCUUGACCAUUCUUGGAGUGACAGGGCCCUUCUCAGUGCUAGCAGAGAAUAUCUAUGCCUUAUGUGAAGAAGAUUUCAAGGUACCUUUCCUACCAUUCAUGGCCUGGUCCCUUAUCCAUGCUGCAUGGUUGCACUAUGUGCUAGCAAUCAUCAACGCCCAUGACUGGACUAUGAGAUAUGUGACGACCUUCGCCACUGAGAUCUUCUCACUGCUGAAUAGCAUCAUCUACUUCCACAAGGCUAUCCAAGAGCUGGAGAGAGCCCACGACAACCUCUCCUUUGCCUCUUUUCUAUACGCCGUCAUCGGUGCUGUAGGGACAAUGCUACUUGCCAUCUUCCUUUCCACCGCCGAGAGCUGGAGACCACUAUUCCAUCGAUACAUCCGGAUGGGAUUGACUGAGUAUGCCGCGGCGAUUUCCAUCAUCAUAUUCAUCGGCCUGCCUUAUACCGGCGAACUGGCAAACCUCGAUAAGAUGACACUCGCGGUCAGCCACUCCUUCAAGCCCACCUCGCCGGAUCGCGACAAAUUCAUCGUCGAGUUCUGGACCCUCCCUGUUGGCUGGGUGUUUGCUGCCAUCAUCCCGGGUAUCAUCAUCACGAUUCUUUUCUUCUUCGACCACGAAGUCAGCUCUAUCAUCUGCACCAUUGACCGCUACGGCACCAAGAAGCCCGGUGGUUUCGCGUGGGAUAUCAUCCUUCUAGGCACCACGACCGCGCUUUGCGGCAUUUUGGGAAUCCCCCCGGCAAACGGUCUCCUGCCGCAAGCACCCCUACACUCAGAGUCCCUGAUGCACUCAGAACCCGAACAGCGGACCGUCGUCGUAGACGGUGACGAAAAGGUCGAGACUCACGAAGUCAAGCGCGUUUACGAGCAGCGAUGGUCGUCUUUUCUGCAUGCCGGGGCCAUCCUGCUCUUCGUUAGUCCUCCGUUCAUGAAAGUUCUCGGUCUGACCCCGACCAGUGUCCUUGCGGGUCUAUUCAUGUUCAUGGGCGAGCAGAGUCUUUCAGUUAAUCCAAUCCUCUACCGUACCUUCUACCUCCUCACACCCCCAUCUGAACUCCCACCUCUUCCUGAAUCACUCGCCAAACGAGAAACCCCCUCAGAAUCUAACCUCAGCCCUAACCCGAACAACACCAGCACCAAUGCCAGCACCACCACGACGCAUCACCAAAACCCACCCCCUUCCUACCUCCCCAUCCACCUCUACACCCUUCUCCAAAUCAUCACCACAGUGAUAAUCUUCAUCAUAACCCUCACGCGCGGCGCGCCCGCUUUCCCAGUCCUAAUCGUCGCGCUGGUCCCGUUCCGUCUCCUCGUCAUGAACCGGUGGUGGCCGCGCGAGGUCCUCCGGUUCGUGGACGCCUGGGCAUGUCGCGAGGGAACGCCCGAGGAUGACGAGGAGGCAGCGGAGAAGAGUCGAGAGGAAAGUAGCGGGGGUUGUGGUCCCGACACGGCCGACGGAGGGAUGUUUUCGGCUCGGGUGGAUGAGUCGGGGAUGGAGUUGCAGGAUCAACGGGAGGUAGGUUCUUCGCGUGAUGGGAGGGCUGUUGUGGAGAGUAGAGAUGCAGGGCCGGAUUGGGUGGACUUAGGGUUUCGAGCGAGGGAGGAUGAAGAGUUGGGGAGGUCGGUGGAUGAGUGUUAA